ACCGCCUGCGACUGCGUCAGGGCCUGGGCACGACCAAACGAAAAAAUCUUCCGCGGGCACAAUAGUCGCACCGCCGGUAGCGCCGCAAGUGCAACCCGCACGGCAACCGACCAAGGAGGUGCAGUUUUCGAAUCUGCCGGCGAUCCUGUCCGAGGAAGACGAGGGGCCGGAAGAUAUCCUGAGCAAAAACGCCCCCACCCCAUGGUCAAAUUGGGAAUCUAGCAACACAAAUCUCCAAGUUUUGGGAGCUGUGCAUGACAAGUCUCGCUCUGCAGUGUAUUGCUAGUUGGCAAGGGAAGCCGCAUGAGAAAGCCACUUUCUCAUCCUGUUUACACCAUUACAAAUACCAAAACACGAUUGGAAAUGCCUCUCAAGGAUCCGCGCAUUACAAAUGUUCCUGCCAUUGCGCAUUUGCAUGACAACUCUGGGGUGGGGACGUUUUCACUCAGGAGAGAAGAUGACUUGCUGUUUCUGCCCGUCAAAUCCGCGUCGCUGCCGCCGGGAGGCAUGAACUUCGCUUCCCACCACGACGACGAGGAGCUCCUGCUCUCCCGGUCCGAGAGCCGGGAACUAGGUGAAGACGAGAUCAUGCUGGGAAGUGGUGGACCCCUCCUCCAAGCACGACCGGGGGAGGACGAUCCAUUUUAUUUAACAAGGUUUCUGGAGGACGAUGGGGUCCAGGAUCUGCCUGGUCGUAGUCGCGGAGAUUUCAACAUCUCACGAGAUGAGCAUACGCCUGCUAGCACAAGAACUUCACAACACCAAUUCAUGCCCCGGGGGUCGACGUCUGGGCGACAUCUCAACCAAGGCAGCCGCAUCGUAAAGUCCCGGUCUUUGUCCAUAAUAGAUCUGCCGUCGAGCACCACGUCCUCGCGGGGUUACAACAACAAGUCCUCCUCCUCGCCCAUAUCCGAUGUAAAAACGUCCCCAUACCAUAGUCAAGAUGGGAAGUCUGCAACACAAAUCCCCAAGUUUUGGGAGUUCUGCAUGACAAGUUUCCAUGUGCAGUGUAGUGCUGCCUAGCAAGGAAAGCCGCACGAGUAGGGCACUUUCUCAUCCUGUUUACAGCAUUACAAAUGCCACAAUACGACUGGAAAUGCCUCUCAUGGAGAUGCGCAUUACAAAUGUUCCUGUCAUUGCGCAUUUGCAUGACAGCCCUGGGGCGGGCACGUUUUUACACAGGAUAGCCCAAGAGCGGCCGCUAUGUGUCCUACCAGGAAGGGGCGAGUCUGAAGCGGAAGUUGCUUGGGGAUCCGCUCUAUGUGUUGCAAAUAUCGAUCUGGGUCUGGGAGGUUGCAACUUGUGCUGCUGCAUUUGGUUCCCAAAAAAAUUUGGAUUGCAUGAGCAGCACCAUCACCAAAGGGAAUGCGAUUUUUUCUACGCGGAGGUAGUAGGAGUAUUUGUCAUGCGGAAUCGGCACCAGCAAGAACCCCUCAAAAAAUAUGUGAUGCUACGGCAUGCAUCACAGAUCGAUUAGGGCUCAUGCAAAACGUGCAGGACAAGUCUCAGAAUCUACUUCCGACCCAGACCACAUAUUUGCAAUUGAUCCGCUCGCCGCGGCGGAAGAUGACUGGGAGAAUUUUAUCGUAUUUGAAAACGUCCCCACCCCAUAGCUGUAAUGCAAAUCUGCAUGCUGAAAAUGCUUCUCAUGCGGAGCCCCAUGAGAAGCAUUUAUAUUUAGUCGCGUUCUGAAAUUUCAAUUUGUCAUGCUCCAAUCAACAUGAUAUGCUAGACCUGUGAUGCUGCUGAACUACGUCAAAAAGUACUACACUACGAGUUAAAAUUUGUCAUGCAAAACAGCCAAAGCUUGUGGAUUUGGCUAGCCGAUUCCCCGUCUUGACUCUGGGGUGUGGGCCCCGUUUGUACAUAGGAUAAAUUUCGCGACCGCCGGCCCGAACGACGACCCUUCUUUUCUGGUUUACGGAGAUACUAGGAGUUCGUUGCAAAGGGAUAGGGAAGAUGACUACAAUUUGGUUCCUGCGGACCACGAUAGUGUAGUGGAGGAGGAACAAGGGCAAUAUGAGGGUGAAGUGAUGGUGCUGGACGAUAAUUUACGGUACCAGAGAAGGACAUCAUCGGCACCAAGCACAAGUACUAUCGCCAGCACGCGCGGGGGACGUGGAGUAGAGCCACAGCAGCUACAAGCCGCCGGUCCAAACCAGCUCCAGGGCAGGCCUGGGCGCGGAACUCCGCAUCCAAACAGGCACAACUUCCCCCACCCCUCGUCCGAUCGCAGGCCCAAUUUCAGCACGCCCGCCAACCACCGGCCCACCAACGCGCAGCAGCUGGCGCGGCGGAAAACCGCGGCGCAGGACUUUGAAUUCCAGGAUGAGUUGGCCAGCCGACGGGCGGUGACCACGCACUGGCGCACCCGACAGCGGAUAUCAAAAGGAAAAAUCCUCCCACCCCAUACUCACUGGAAAUAUCUGAUGCUGAUUUGUGACCGCAAAUCAUGCUGUCAUGCUAGAAGGCAAAAGAUGCGGACUGUCGUGCUGGCUGGCGUGGGCAAGCCUUGGAUCUUCAGCUUGACAGGAGGCAAGUGGAAGUGGAAAACAGCAUAGCAAGUGGCCUGCAAUUAAGGCCGCGACUGCGGCUCUUGCCAUUCUUGCAAUACAAACUGAUUUGUGUACGCAAAUCCAGCAUCACAAACUUCCUGUCCGAUAUGGGGAGGGAGGAUCUUUCCUGUUGAUAGCGGAACAAGCCGUUGCCGAAUUUGCUCACCCGCACCGUGUAUCAACUGCAAAUAUGUCUGGGUCUGGAAGAAUGCAGAUGUUUGUCAUGCUGCUUUUGCUUGAUACAGAAGGUCCGUCAUGGAAGACCUAGCAUCACAGACUUCGAGAAGGUUCCGCAAUGCCUAAUCCACAUGACAAAUCCCCCACUUUGGUGGCAGGAAAUGGGCAUCUUUUGCUGCUUAUACAUGAGAGAUUUGUUUGUGCUGUCAAAUGCGCAUCACAAGUUCGCACUCUUCCAGACCCAGACAUAUUUGCAUUUGAUACCGUGGGGUCUUCCGUGUCCACGCUAGCCUCGCCGCUGUUCACCAAUAGGUCCGUGGAGUCACUGUUUUUUUCCGCGAAAUAUCACACAGAAAAAAGCCGGCAGGUCACAUUUGUAAUGCAAAAAUAAAUACACAAGAAAAUCUGUAUUGCGUUAUAUCCUGAACAGCAUGCUAUGGGUCCGCCCAUGACACAUUUUUCUGUGUAUUUAUUUUUGCAUUAGAAAUCUGCCCUGCCUGUUUUUUUCUCUGGGAUACGAAGUCGAUCCAGACGCGGAGGCGGACGAGUUUGAACCCAACCGAGGUGGAGCAGUUGCUGCGCCAAAGGGGCCGGUUUGUCGUGCACCCUACGAACAAGUUCAACCAGCUGAUCAACCUGCUGACCCGAAUCGCGAUGCUCUACGUCACGUUUGUGACGCCGUUCGAGGUGGUGUUUUUGAACCAGCCGUCCUCCAUAUUGCAGGUAGAAAUCCUCCCUCGCCAUAUUGAAAACGUACCCGCUGAAAAUUUGCGAUGCAGAUUGGUGACCACAAAUCCUGUCUGUCUUGCUAGAAAGCAAAUCCGGGCUCUCUGCCUCACUGUGUAGGCGAUUUGUAGUGCUGUAAGGACUACAGAGCAGCCGUCUACGUUGCUAGGCGCCUACACCAAAAGGCCCCUAUCUAGGCUUGCGAUUCGCGUGCAGUCCUGCUCUACUGCAAGACAAAUCUGAUUCGUGUACGCGGCUCCCGCAUCACAGAUUUCCUUUUCGAUAGGGGGAGGGGGGAUUUUUCCUGUUGAUACUCCAUCCUCUUUAUCUGCGACCGGGUGGUGGACGGGUGUUUUAUCACGCACAUGUUCCUGCAGUUUUUCGUCAUGUACAAGAUCCCCGCGACCAUGCACGGUGGUGACAUUUGGGUCACCUCGCACAAGUCCAUCGUCACCAACUACCUGUCCACCUGGUUUCUGAUCGACUUUCUCGCCGUGUUCCCGUGGUGGGCGCUGGCUGGGGCGGAUUACGGGUCCAGCGAAAACGUGUGUUACAUGACACUGGGGGCGGAAGACAGCUGGAGCGGCGGCAGCAACAGUGGUACCACUUCUACUCACAUCCAUGGGCAGCAACAAUUGCACGACCCCUCCUCGUCGCCGGGCAAUGUGGAGGUGUGCAAGGACACGCAGGGCAGUGAAACGGUGUUUCUGCGGAACAUCCGGCUGCUGCGCUUGUUCGAGCUGUUGCGGCUGGCGCGGGCGGUAUGGAUGUGUCAGAAUCGAAAUCGUCAAAGUUGAAAAAGUUUGUCAUGCAUAAAAUGCAACACACAAAAUGCCUGUCUUGCAGAGUAGGCAAGACAGGCAGACUGUGAGCCUGUUGCGGGGUAGGAAUAGAGCUGCUAAAGUAGCAUGACAAAAGGCGUCCUCCUUACCCAAACAGCAUUACAGACUGGAUUCCGGCUCUACCCAAAUUUGUCAUGCGCCGCUUAGAAAUUGGGCUUCCAACGGGUAUCGAUUUUAUGCAUUACAAAUUAUUUCAACUGUGUCGAUUUCAAUCCUGACACUCCCAUAGGCGGGGGACAUCGUGCAGGAAUUCUCCUCCGCGUUGCCUUACCCCCAAGCUAUCGAAAGGAAAAAUCCCCCCUCCCCAUAUCGAAAACGAAAUUUGUGACGCUGUAUUUGAGCUCACAAAUCGACCUGUCAUGCUAGAAGGCCAACAAGAGCCGCAGUCGUGGCCUCGUUUGCAGGCAAUUUGUCAUGCUGUUUCCCACUUUUAGUGGUUUUCUGUUAAGUUGAAGACGCAAAGGUUUAUAAUUCCCACGCCACCCAGCACUACAGUGUCUACAUCUUUUCCCGUGUAGCAUGACAAAGCUGAUUAGUGACAACAAAUCUGCACCACAGAUUUCCGUUUUGAUAUGGGGGAUUUUUCCUUUUGAUACAAGCGGCGCAGUCGCUCAUCAAGUUCAUCGGCGUGUUGCUGGUAUCCAGCCACUGGCUGGCCUGCAUCUGGGCCUACCUGGGGCUGAGCUACGUGCAGUUCGUGGGGAUCGACCAAUUGUUUUACCAGAACAAAAAUUUUCUGAAUAUCCUGUGUAAAAACGUCCGCACCCCAUAGUUGUCAUGCAAAGCUGCAUGCCAAGAAAGUUUCUCAUGCGGAGCCCCAUGAGAAGCAUUUUCUAGUCGUGUUUUGAAGUCUGUGAUGCCAGAAGGAGAACGAUAUGCUAGAUCUGUGAUGCUGCUGAGCUAGCUAAUCAGGAUUACACUACAAGGAUCGAAACUUGUCAUGCGAACCAACCAUAGCUGGCUGAUUUGUCUAGCAGAUUUCCCGACUUGACUCUGGUGUGGGGACGUUUUUUCAUAGGAUACUGAAGGAGCCCAUGAGCUGGCGGAUCGCCGGGUUUGACAUUCCGGAGGUGCUGCCGGCCGGAACGACGGGCGGGGGAACAAGCGGUAGUAGUUCUUCCUUGUACGUAGCGCACGUGGGCGGGCACUCGGACAGUGGCCGACUCUUGUUGACAACAUCGCCACGUCGAACAACAUCAUCGGGGGGCGAUGUUCUUCAGGCAGAGGAGAAUCAUCUUCAUUCAUCGGGUGUAGUUCAUCUCGGGCGGAACAACCAUGAUCAUCUUCACGACUUGUCCUCUGCUGCUGCCGCUGCUCCUACUAGAAGUAGAAGUACUGCGGCGAGUUAUUUCGAGAACGGUACCAGUAAAAGACCAACGUUCUUCCCCCACCUCCAGUACGAUAGGACCAGGGGUACUAUAAGGAGCGAAGAUAUGAUUAGUACCAGGGCGGGGACUUCUAUAAGGAAAACGAAAAGUGCCACGACGUCUUUUAGUGGACGAGGGGAAAAGAACAUCAACUUCUCCUCUAGCGAAGAUUUUUACAGAACCGCAGUUCGGAGGAGGAAUGGAAGUAGUGGUUCACCAGAUAAAGGACAUCGCAACUACCGGAAGAAUUACCCAAGCCAGUGGGACCACGGGUAUAAAGAUCAUGGGCAAGACAAAGACUUGAAUUAUUUCGACGCUGAUUUAAAAAUACAAGAAGUACCUCCAGAUCAAGCUGCUCCUGCAGGAGAGAGGGCGCAAAAGUUUUUCGGGAAGAGCAACUCUAAGGUUUGGACGUCACCUAUGGAAGCGUCAGGUUUGAAAUCGUCAAAGUUGAAAUAAUCUGUAAUGCAUAAAAUGCAUGACCCGAGGCACGUGUGUUGCAGAGCAGGCAAGUGAGGCCGAUUGUAAGCCUGUUUGGGGUUACAGCUCGAGCUGCUAAAGUAGCAUGGGAAAAUCGCUCUUCUUUGCCUAAACAGCAUGACAAACUGGAUUUAGGGACCACCGAAAUUUGCCAUGCGCCACUUGGAAACUGGGUUCCAACUGGCAUCCAUUUUAUGCAUGACAAAUGACUUCAACUUUGUCGAUUUCAAACCUGACGCUUCCAUAUCACCUCCUGGCGACGUCGACACCAACCUUGCCAGCAUGGCGUACCCGUUGGAAUUACUACACAAGAACUACGCGGCCCGUACUAGCCAUAGUACUACCCACGACGCCGACCUAAGUACAACUAGAGCUGCACAACUCGGCAGUGUUGGUAUCGACCGCGGAGGCGAUGGUCCUCUUGCUGGUACAACUGAAAGUACUAUAACAACUUCCACUCCUAGCACGAAUCCCUCUCCUCACCCGCGACCGUCACGCCGUCGCACGGCUGGACAAGAGGGCGAAGGGAAUGAAAUUAUAGGGCGAGGAGAUGAACUUGAACUUGAUGAACCAGGAUCAUCAUCAUCAUCAUCGCAACCUCGUCCAUCAUCUGAGGACGUGGACGAGCAGCAGUUUUAUCUGGAGAUGAAUAAGCCAAGUGCACCAGCCGCGGGUCCUCCGGGUGCCCACCGCCGGCACCUGGGUUUGCAGCUGCAGGAGGAGAACCUGGACUUCGGUAGCAUUCCGGAAAGCAUCUACACCAAGAAACUCUCCUGGAUCGAGGCCUUUUGCAACUGCCCGACGGCGUUGACCCUGUACGAGGUGCAGCUCUGUUUGAAGUGCCGGCACGACCCCGAGCAAUUAUACGCGGUCUCCCUGUACUACGCGCUCAUGACGCUCACCUCCAUCGGGUACGGGGACACCGGCACCGCCAUAUGGAUUGCAAAAGUAUCGUAGUCGUAUACAUGCAUUACAAAUUUCCUCAGCAUGAGAAAUGAAAUUUGUAAUGCUGGUUUACCUUAAGAAAAAGAUUUGUAAUGCAAGACGUGCAUUUAUACGAGUACGAUACUUUUGCACAGGAUACGCCAAGACCCCCGACGAAAGGUUUUUCGGCUGCGUCAUGAUGUUUCUCGCCGGCAUGCUCUGGACCGCGGUGAUCGGCGUAUCAACUGUAAAAGUGUCUGGGUCUGGAAGAUUCUGACACUUGUCAUGCACGUUUUGCAUGAGCCGUGAUGUCUGUGAUGCAUACCCUAGCAAUACAGAUUUUUGGAAGGCUUCUUGAUGCGUAUUCCGCAUGACAAAUGCCUUCUCAGCGUAGCAAAAAUUGCAUUUCCUUUGGUGCUCAUGCAAUACAGAUUUUUUUGGAAUCCAAAUGCAGCAUCACAAGUUGCUUUCUUCCAGACCCAGACACUUUUACACUUGAUACGGCGCGGCCUGUGGCGUUUUGGCGAACAUGGACCCGAGUCAGCGGGACUUCUUUCAAUCCAUCGACGAGUUGAACAAGCUGAUCAACUUAUCCUGAGUAAAAACGUCCCCACGACCCCAGAGUUGUGAUGCAAAUGCGCGAUGUCAGGAACAUUUCUAAUGCGCAGCUCCACGAGAGGCAUUUCCAAUCGUGUUUUGGAAUUUGUAAUGCGGUAAACAGGAUGAGAAAAUCGCUUUCUCAUGCGGCUUGCCUUGCCAACCAGCACUACACUGCAGAGGGAAACUUGUCAUGCACAGCCCGCAAAACUCGGAGAUUUGUGUUGCUAGAUUCCUAAGAACUUGACAAUGGGGCGGGGACGUUUUCGCUUAGGAUACAACUCCCUGGGGUUGAGCAACCGGCUGGGGAAGAAGCUCCGCGUGUUUCUGUACAAAACGAUAUGAGAGUUGUGCACAACUCCCCCUCGCCCUCACUUAUUGUGCUAUUGCAUGAUGAACAGCUGCUGCUGCAAUACAAAUACCAGCCUACGUGCAGCCUGUGCAUGACAAAUUCAUGCACUUCUAGUCGUGUAGCACUGUCUGGGCUCCUUCCGGAAUCUGUCAUGCAUAACAGUGACGCCAGGGAGCAAUUGGAGUUGAGAUUUUGCAUGAGAAAUGAGAACGAGGGGGAGCUAUGUGCACUCUCAUAAACGAGGGACUUGUCCCGCCACGAGAAUUACAAGAACCUGAUGCAGAAGAUCUCCCCCAACCUAUCAAAAUGAAAAAUCCCCCCACGACACUAUACUCAAACGGGAAAUUUGUGAUGCUGAUUUGUGACCACAAAUCAUGUUCUUGUCAUGCUAGAAGAGGAAAAGAAAGAUGCGGACUGCAGUGCUGGCUGGCGUGGGCGGAAGGCCUUGCAUCUUCAGCAUGACAGGCGGUAACUGGAAGUGGGGAACAGCAUAACAAAUGGCCUGCAAUUAUGGCCGCGACUGCGUCUCUUGCUCUUCUAGCAAUACAAAUCGAUUUGUCUACGCACAUCCAGCAUCACAAAUUUCCUGUCCGAUAUGGGGAGAGGGGAUUUUUCCUCGCAAUACAACCUGCAAGCGGAGCUGUUCUUCAAGCUGAACUCGUUUUUCCUCCUCCAAGUCCCCUGCUUCACGGCCUUCGAGCAGAAGUUACUGGCCUCGGUGUGCAAGAAGCUGAAAGACCGCGUGCUCGCGCAGGGGGAGGUUUUCGUGGACAUUCAGUGCCUGUGGAUUCUGAAGCGCGGCCUGGUGUUGAUGGACGGAAAAAUCUUCUUCACCGGGCGGUAUUGGGGCGACGACGUAAUCCUAGACGACCCGGACUUGCUACGGUUCUACCGCGGGGCCUAUCAAAAGGAAAAAUCCCCCCUCCCCAUAUCAAAACGAAGUUUCUGAUGCUGGAUUUCCGUACACAAAUCAGAGCUGUCGUGCAGUAGAGGAGUGCAGGCAUAUGUUGCCGUGCCUGAGUACAGAGCUUCUGACGUGGACGCUUCGUGUCACAAAUGUCUAUGCUGUAGCCCGAGCAGCAUCACAAACCGUCUGCCUAGUGUGGCGGAGACUGUAGAGUGGCCUUCUUGCAAGACAAAAAGAUUUGUGGCCACAAAUCAGCAUUGCAAAUUUUCUGCGAAGUUGCACCUCUUUGAUAUGGGGAGGGGGGAUUUUUCCUUACGAUAAAGCCGCGCUCACGUACUGCGAGUGCACGCAGUUGUCCAAGCAGGAUUUGACGGAAUGUUUGCUUCGCUUAUGCACUGCAAAUAUGUCUGGAUGUCUGGAAAGCUGCAGCUUGUCAUGCUAAAUCUGGAUCAUGCAAAAAUUUGUGUUGCAUGAUCAUUGCCAAAAGCUGUCCACUCUUGACCAAGUUGGGAGUAAGUUUCUCAUGCAGGAUAGGCAUGAUGCAGAUCUACUUACAGAAUCUGUCAUGCUAGAUCCUGCCUUCCAGACCUCAUGCAUCAUGUUGAACCUGCAUGAGAAGUCUUGCACUCUUCCAUGUACCCAGACAUAUUUGCAGUGGAUAUCGCUACCCGAUGAACGAAGUCGAGGCGAAAAAGUUAUCCCGUGCAAAAGUAUCGUAUUCGUAUGAAUGCAAGUCUUGCAUUACAAAUCUUUUUCUCAAGGCAGAUCCGCAUGACAAAUUUUAUUUCUGAUGCUGAGGAAAUUUGUAAUGCAUUUAUACGAGUGCGAUGCUUUUGCAGUUCAUAAAAGUUUCGCGCGUACAAGGUGAAGCUGGCGGCCAUGCGGGGGGUGAUCAAUGCGGCGAGGCUAUCGCAAGGAAAAAUCCUCCCUCCCCAUAUUGACGCGGGAGGUUUUCGAAAAUUUGUGUUGCUGAUUUGUGACCACAAAUCGCGUCUGUCUUGCAAGACGGCAACUCCACCGGCUCCUCCGCCGCAUUAUGCGGGUGUUUUGUCAUGCUGCUGGUCCUACAGCACGGACGUUUUUCAUGCUAAGGAGCGCCGAGGCGAAAGCCUCUGCGCUCAGGCUUGAUCAUAUGGGUCUGCGGUCCUCUCCAGCAAGACAGAUCUGAUCUGUGUACUCAAAUCCAGCAUCAGAAACUUCGUUUUGAUCAUAUGGGGAGAGGGAGUUUUCCUUUUGAUAGAGGCGGAAGGAAUUCGAGAUGCUACGGAUGAAACGGUUUGCGUCGCGGUCCAACUCCUCUCUUACGGGAACUACGUUAUCGAAUGCAAAUAUGUCCGGGUCUGGAAACUUGUGAAGCAAGGAAGGGAAGAGUGAGCACUCUGUAAUGCGCUGCCUAGCAUGACAAGUUUUUCGUUUUCCGUGGGUCUGAGUUGCGUACUCCGCAUGAGAAACUGCAUUUUUGCAUGACGGGCAGGAGGCGCUCUUCGCGGCCACGCAAUACAGAUUUCAGAAUCAUACCAGACUAGCAUGGCAAAUAUCGCAAUCUCCCAGGCCCAAACAUAUUUGCAAUUUCAUAUACGUCGGGUGCUUACAACGGUUUCCCCCUCAAACGCAGAAACUCGUUCAGCAGCUUCAGCAAUCCGGUCCUGUUCCAGGAGGGCAGCCACUACUUGCCGGUUCUGAAGCGGUCCGUCACCAUCGAUAGUUACAACAGUGAGCAAGACCGGGAGUUGCAACAGAUGCCGUCGCCGCGCAGUUAUGCAUUGCAAAAGUACCAUCGUACUAGUAUAAAUCGCACGACAAAUUUCCUGAGCAUGGGAAAUGGACUUUGUAAUGCGGAUUUGAGUUGAAAAAAAAAAUGUCAUGCAUGAUAGCGAUUCAUUACUACGAGUACGGUACUUUUACGAAGCAUAGCAGUCCGUCGAUGGACUUGCCCACGGACCCCCGGGUAGCAGUGCAGCUCCGGGGGCGGGGCGGUAGCGCGGCCGGCGCGCGGGGGUUUCUGGACCACGACGAGCCCUCCGGUGUCGAAAUGAACACGCCCACGAGCGGGUCCGGGGGAUUGGGG